AUGACGACUAACUAUUUGGUGCCAAACACUAAACCGAUUAAUGGAAAUGUGUUUCAUUCAUUCGAAAAGAUAAAUGAAAUAUUCGCAAAGAAUGAUGGUAGAAGAUAUUAUAGAGAACUUGAAAGUUCAUGCUAUGACUCUGAUGCUCCAUAUUUUGAUGAUAAACAAACUCAUUUAAGAAUUACAAAUCCGGCUCAUGAUGUGAACCAAUUAGGUGACACAUAUAUUAAACGCAAAGUUAAAGCAACUCUAGUUUCAAAUAAAGCUUUCACAUGUGAUGCCGCUUUUAAAUGCAUGCGUUUAUUCGUUGGUUACAAAUCAUCAAAUCAAAGCUUUAAACAAUUAGAAGUAGAAACCGAAAGAGGUGAUGCUGGUUAUCUUCAGAUGGAUUGCGCCCGUGAAUCUUUCGCAUUUGCAACAUAUAAACCAAAAUCAGAAAGGAAAGUUAAAAAGUUUGUUCAUUCGUUAUAUAAUAAUGUUCAAAAAUAUGAUAACUCAGUAUGUGGUAAAUAUAUUGACCCUUCAGAAGUUUUCAAGAAAGCAAAUGAAGAAGUUGAUAUCACUUUUGAUAUGAUUAUUCCGGUAAAUGAUUUGUUAGCAUUUCAGGCGUUCGAUGAUUAUCCUAAAUCAUUUGGUGAAAUCAUUCUUAAAUAUUAUGUUUUCAGGGAUACUUUAGUAUUUUGUCAGGUUGACCCGUUAAGAGUUGCUGAUUUACAAAAUUAUGUUUAUGAAAAGAUA